UAUAAUCCGGCCGGAAGUUGUUUAGUGACAUUCAUCGUUUUGAAUCUGCAGUUUAGCGAUGCUAACUGUGUUAGAGUGAGAUAACGUUUAAAACCGCAAUAUUUAAUAGGUAUAUAUAUUUACAAGAUGUCGGCAGGUUGUUAAGGCAUCAGUGCGUGUGGACCAAUGUAGCAGCUGUGAGACUUUAUUCGUUUACAAUGAGCUCCCUCUCAGCACAGCUUCCGGCAUCCAGCCCCUCAUGCAGGACACUACCUGGAGAUGGGAAUCAGGUACAACCAAAAGCCCCUCUCCUGCAAAUUCUCCGUGUUGCUGGAGCGAAGGAAGACGUGUUCACUCUCAAAGAGGUGAUGCACUACUUGGGUCAGUACAUCAUGGGGAAGCAACUCUACGACAAACAGAGGCAGCACAUAGUCCACUGUCAGGAUGACCCUUUGGGAGAACUAUUGGAGGUGGAGAGCUUCUCUGUAAAAAACCCAAGCCCAGUGUAUGAAAUGCUCAAGAAAUACUUAGUUGUGCUUGGUUGUUCUGACGCUGCAGAGAAUCUUUCUGUGGGCCGUGAAUGUGUAGAGGGCGGAGUGGAGGAUCGUGGUCAGAUGUGUGGAGGUGUGGUCAAAGCAGGGCUGGAGACUAGCAUUGACAGGCCUCUACUGCAGACCCCCUCCCAGCGACGACCCCGGGAGCCAGACGAUGAUGCCCUCGAAGACCUGCCACGGUCAGCCUGCAAAAGGCCCAAACUAGAUGUUUCUUUGGACGAGUGGGACCUUUCUGGCCUUCCCUGGUGGUUUCUGGGUAAUCUCCGUAGUAACUACAGCCGUAGGAGCAAUGGCUCCACUGACAUCCAUACAAACCAACUAUCUCCUGCACAGGAGGAGGACACAGCCAUUGUGUCUGACACUACCGACGACCUCUGGUUCUUGACCGAGGGCGGGAGUGAACAGGUGAGCGUGGAGAUGAAGGAGGCGGCACUGGAGGAAGGGAGCAGUGGAGAAGCAGAGGCUCUGUCUGAUGAUGAUGAAGGAGGGAGGGAGGAGAAAGCAGAUCGAGAGAUGCAGGAAGAGCCUGAUGAAGACUCCCAGUGCCUAAGCGAUGACACUGAUACAGAAAUCUCCACACAGGAUGCCUGGCAGUGCACAGAGUGCAAAAAGUAUAACACACCUCUCCAGAGGUACUGUGUCCGCUGCUGGGCUCUCCGUAGGAACUGGUACAAAGAUGUUCCUCGACUCGCCCAUUCCCUUUCUGUUCCCGACAUCCCAGCAUGCAGCUCUCUCCCUACCAAUGAUGAGGAAGACGACAGUGAUACGGGCAUCGACAUCCCAGACUGCAGCAGGACAGUCUCUGACCCUGUCAUCCUGCCCUCCCACUCCACAGCUGACCGACCACUGCCCACUAUGGCUACAGGUAAAGUCAAGGGUCCUUGGCCCUCCAGCUUCCACAAGGAUGGGCAGCUCUCAGGAGGGGGGAGUCAGGACAACCCUGGCAUGGAGAUUGAAGAUGAGAAACUUAGGGAACUGUUAGAGCCUUGCAAGCUGUGUCGAGUUCGACCACGCAACGGAAAUAUAAUUCACGGACCUACAGCUCACCUUUUAACCUGUUUCCCAUGUGCAAGAAAGCUACACAAGUUCCAUGCUCCUUGUCCAGGAUGCGGGAUGAUCAUUCAAAACGUUAUUAAGGCAUUCGUAGUCUAAAAGGGACAUGCGCACACCUGUUAGAGGCACUAGAACUCUACAAAAAACACAACCCAUUUGACCAAUGCAUGCACUCUGGUUCACACUCUUCUCGUAGAUACACACAACAUGUGCACCUUACGCUUAAAAGUCAACACAAAAUAUAGCACUUGGUGAAGCUUGUUUUUGGUUGCAUGAUAUAUUCUGCAUCACACAUACUCAACUAGUUUUGGAUGUGAAAUCCUGGACAUAAUAGUUUGUCAUACAGAAUUGGUGCCAAAUUUCAAUAAGGCACAUAUAAAGGAAGACCUAUUUAUUUAUUUAUUAGAAGAUCACCUAAAAGUGCAUGUUCCUGUGAGCUAUUUGAUAUCAUGAAAGCUUGCUUUUUCUGACUGGAUAUUCCCAUUGCUUUUCUUUCCCUUUUAUUGUGCCAUUUGAAACAAAGUAUUGCUUGCUUUGUUUUUGUUUAUUUUCGUUCCCCAUAUAUUCCAGAAAUGGAAAGAGCAGUGCAGGUAUUAAACUAAACAAAUAAAUAUUACUUUCUUGUUAACCUAUUUAAAAUCCUCCUAAUAUCCAAGGUAUUGUUGCUCUGAUAUUUGAGUUAUCAAGUCAAAAUUGAAGUAAGAGCAGGAAAAAGCUUGUCGUCAACAGCUUCAGCUCCAUGAAAGUAUCCUCUUAAGACCUACUGUAAUUUAUGAAUAUGGGUGGCUUAAGUGCUCUUUCUCUGAACAUUGUAUUUUAAUAUGUAGAAUUGAAUUGAUCCUGCUUGAGAAUGCACAACUGGAGUAUUUAAUGUAAUUCCCUUUUGGGGUAGUAAUUUGAAGGUUAUAUAUGUUCAAUAUUGUAUUUACAAUUCCCAAUUCCACUGCUGAGAGUUUUGCCUGCAGUUAUGUUCUAUAAUUGUUGCUGAACAUAUGCUAAAUUUCUGUAUAUUUAGUAUUUUAUUUAUUUAUGACUUAGAUUUGAUUGAUUAGAUGACCACCACCACCUCUAAUGAAGCAGGAAAAGGCUGCACUCAUUACAGAUCUCUAAUGUGUAAAUUUACAUAAGACUUACUUUAUGAAAGUUAUACAGAGUCUUAAACUAAAUAACUAAAUGCAACAUGUCAGAAAAUGAAUGUGGAGUACUUAUUGGGAGUUGGAGGUUUGAUUUCAGCGUUACACUGCCAUGUAAUGACGCAGAAUCUUUAUUUGUGUAUCAUAGAUUUUAUUUUAAUGGGAUAUUUGAAGAAUGUAUUGCUGGUUCACGUAGAUUUGAUUUACUCUCUGUAAACAUGUGAGCGGCCUAAUUACACAUAAAAUGUAUAGAUGUCCGAGGACACAAAGCCUUUAACUCUAGGCUCGGCUUUAAAGAGGGAAUAUUACAGAUCUUGGCUCUGUUCUUUACGUGCGUUAAACUUUUCUGCCAGCAGGUGGGGAGACCGCUGGUAUCUGGUGUAGAGUACCAGUCGUAACAUGGAAAGCAUAUAUAGAGCAUGCCUCUCGACGUGACUAGUCAGCACUGAGCUAGUGUAAGACCUAUAGAAGCUAUAAUAGGUUAACAAUGCCUGUUGUAUUUAUCGCCAUAACUGUGCUUCAAGAAAAAUAACUUGAUUUAAUUUCUCAUAAAAAGCUUGCAUAUUAUUGUGGUUCGGACUGACUUGUUACAGUUAUUGACAUUACGUGUUUAGUGUGCUCAAACAUGGUACAGCUAAUGUAUUAUUUUUGUUUUAACCUGUCAAGGAAUUAAAUUAGUUUUGUUAAACAAUAAACAGUUGAGUUAAUUGUU